AUGACAAAUGAACCAUCAACAUCAACACCAACAUCAACAUCAACAUCAACAUCAACAUCAACAUCAACAUCAACAACAACAUUAACAUCAACAUCAUCAACACCAACAUCAACAUCAACAUCAACAUCAACAUCAACAUCAACAUCAACAUCAACAUCAACAUCAUUAAUUUAUCGUGGUACAAUAAUAACAAUAACAACUUUUAUAACAAUCAUUUAA